GACGUACCAAAUGCCGUUACUACAAAAACACACUUGCCUAUUAUUCCAAUGAGCAGAAAACUGGACCAAUGAAGGUAAGACGUGACGUACCGUAGGAAAGUAUAUAGGCGCCCAACCAUGGGACAUGCCGAGAUGCAUCAAGAAACAGUGACAUGGGUCCUAGGCGCCGCUAUCGAUACGACAUCCAUUAGCUUCACACACACUCGAUCAUGGAAAAUCGACGGAAAGAUAGUAGGAAUUUGAACGCCUGUAUCACCAUCUCGCGUUCCUUGCACCAUUUUCUCUCGAUAUUACAGACUUCGCACUCUCAGGAAGACGACUCUGGCGAUAUCGAUGAAGGCAGAAGGCGCCUAUCCUGCACCUUCUGGAGUAGAGAAUUUGACGAUUGGUGGACCAGUGAGGUGGCAAGAAUGAACCGAAAGCGGCGAGCCCUGAGCACAUUUGACGAAAUGAACAAUCACUUGGAAUACUUGGAUAGUAUUUGCAGAACGACGGCCGUGCAAUCUGAUAAGGAAUAUGGAAUGAAGUUCAUCUGCGCCCAAUCGGCUGUAAAAAUUAUCACACAAGGAAUAUUCCCCGCCGCGCCAGAAUCAGUAGUGUCGGGAUCAUUGGAUCUCCUGGAUCUUCAUUUAAGUCGGAAACAAGAUCAUAAAUUUGAGAGAUUGAUCGCCCCUCAGUGGGAUGACCCAAAGCCUCUGACGCAGGAGAUGAAGAAGAGGAUUGCCAAAGUCGAGGACUUGGGGAACUCCGAUCCCAUCUCUGUGUAUCCAGCGUCGGGUGUAUUAGUACCGAAGCCACGAAACACCCUGGCAGACAUUCUUGAAGCGAUUCAGAGUAACAAGUACCAAACAGAGGCGAAUAAUGGACAAAAGAGCCGACCACCACAAGUAAACACGGGAAAGUCGAGCACUGCCUCUGAAGAUUUACGUCCCGAUCCUGCCGUACGUCCCGCCGAGUUAGGUGAACUUGACGACCUCGGUUCCGAGGCUCCUUUCAGCUACGACGGUGGUUCAGGAGACUCGGAACUCCUUACCGGAACCAGAGAGACGUCUACGAAACAUUCAGAACCGAGUUCUGCAGCACCCAAGACAUCUGAAAGACAACGCUAUAGCUCCAGCCGCGCACCAAAUACAUCAUCCCCCGGGAAAAGAAACGUAGAGCAUGACGAGCCAAACGCGGGCCAGUCAUCGUCUGCCAGGCCGAAAGAAGAAGACCUUGCCGCGAUGUUUUAUGAUAGUCCUUGGUUCGCACUUAAGCAACGAAAUCCCAAGCAGGUGUUUUUGGUCAACCAUGGUAUAGAUUGUGUACCCUUCAAAGUCAUUAAAGGAGGAAAGGCAUUAGGCGAGUGGGUAUUCACCCUGGACAUGGCAUACAGGAAGGACGCAUUGCACCAAUUGUUGGCGGUCGCAGCACUCCAUGGUGAUGACCCUGGCAACAGGAUGAUGCAUAUAUUGCAGAAAUUUGAUAAGGCACCCGAGGUUGUCUACAAGGAAACAUUCGUAUCCAGGGAUGAGGCGGAUGAGGCCCUUCGUUUCACGGUCAAAGAGAUCUGGUGCGACGAGGACUGGAAGUUCAAUCUGGAAGCCAGAGUGAUUUUUCGGAUGCUCCACCGUAUGAUGAAGAGGACCAGGAGGGUGGAUUUGGAGUCUGAUUCAUGGUUGGACUGGUUAGAUUAUUCUGAAAACAAGUGAGGUUCUGGAGACUCGAGACUUGGCUGUCGGAACGUACCUUAAAGGGUUAAUUGUAUCAUCAAUUCAACAUUUGUUAACGCCGAAUAUCUAAAUUCAUUGACUGCCGAAAG